AUGGCCUCCGAACCCCCCGAGGAAGCUAUCGCGAACUUCGUCAACUUCACUAGCACGACGCGUGAGCAAGCCAUCAGCUUUCUCAAGGUCGGUGGUGUUUCUCAUGUAAAAGGAACAACGCAACUAAUAUAUCUGUACCACCAGGCCAACAACCUCGACUCUCAAAAAGCCAUCAAUGCCUACUUCGAAGAUCCAACGGGACCUCAGACAAAGCCAACGGAACAAUAUGGUGAAACUGGUGCACCUUCAUUUGAUUUCGGUCAACAAGAGAUUGCACCUCGAGUUCCAGCGACUGCGCCACCCUCUCGUCCCCCAUCUCGAGCCAAUAUCCAUGAUACACCCCAACCCAUAGGGCCCCAUAGCUCUACUGCGACUGCCACACAAGGAACCACGGCAAGUUCUGGGCAAGGACUGAGCUUGGCAGAUCGCGAAGAGCAAGAAAUUCAGCAGGCAGUUGCUAUGUCACUGAAUCAGGGCCUGGGACAGCAGGAGACCGGUGUGAUGACGAGCAGCCAGCCACACUUUGGGAAAGCAACUAGGGACCACUACGAUGAAGGGGAUUGGGCGAUGACGUUGUUCAACACUACAUCCCAGGAAGUCAUCAUUAGUCCAGACCCCGAGGAUCGCAAGCGAGUGGAUGGCGAGUCUGCAUUCAUUCGCCCGACCCACAACAACCUCUACCUGGGUGGAUUUCUGACGAUUCUUCACGAGAUCCCUUUGGCUCGAGAGGCUCUGCUACUACGAAACAAGGUCCUUUUUGACUAUGGGCAUGAUCCCCAGUGGUGGAACGGGCAGUCGAUCAACCUGCCCAAGAUCGUGACGGUCCACGAAACCAAGGACGGCGAUAGUGACUGGGACGACAUCAUCCAUGAAACACAGCGGUUAAUGGCGUUCUUGGAUCUUACGGACCGCGCCUUUGGCAGUGGUGAUGCACUGUCAAACCUCAAAAGCGUAUCUUCCACCGCCUCGGAUUCGGAAGAAAUUGUCGCCAGGUUUUUGGAAACGUGGCAUGGCGCAGCUAUCCGGGCCGAGCCUGAGAAUCCAUUGGCAACGACAUUCUUGUCACAUGCUUACAAGAAACCGCUCUCGGACGAGUAUGAUGAGCCUCUCUCCCGGGAACUCUUUACCCUCGAGCCUUGCGUGGAGCCGCGUCAUGGGCAAACCCUCUACGAUGUUCUGGACACAGCACUGUGGCCCGACAGAUUUGGCGAAGAACUCGACGAUGUGUGGCUAGAGCACUUGUCCGAGGUUCUCGUCAUCAAGCUCGAUGCCCCUGAACAAGCAAAAUCCGUGGACGUCAAGGUCCCCGCUGUGUUCUAUCCGGAUCGAUAUCUGAGCAGCUGUCGUGACCGGACGCGCGAAUUACGCACCAAGAAACUCGAGGUAUGGGAAGAUGUCUUAGGCCUGGAGCGGCUCAUCGAGCGCUAUACCACUCCACGGAGGCCCGUGGGCAGCUUGACCAUCAAGGCGCUCUUCGAGAAAGCUGCUGUUGCAGUGCCCCUGGCUUUGUCGAAGAACAUUGCCAAUGGAAUUGAUACAGUCAGCCCCGAGGCCGCGAGUGCAGAAGCAGAGCGGCUGGCAAAUGAACUCAAAGCCGUCUCCUCCAAAGUUGAGGCCAAACUACAAGAGCUGGAGCUCGGAAAGCAAAAGGCCAUGGAAACUUUACGCAGUUAUUCCAAGACUCUCACCGAGCCCUCCGAAUCCCCCACGGAGCCUCCUCUCCACAAGUACACGUUGAGAGGAGUCUGCACUGAACCGCACGUAACCUACAUCUUGAAGCGCAAUCAUAUCAGCACGUCGAGUGAUGCAAUGGAUGUCGAUGGCGCGAAGACCAGCGACAGCGACUAUCAGUGGUGGCGGAUCAGCUUUUCGGCAGAGGAUGGCAAGACUCGACAAGCUGAAAAACUGAAGGCCCAGGGCGAUGGUGCUGCCACGCAAGACGGCGAUGUCGUUGGUUAUAGUGCCCGCAAAGUCAGAGAGAUCGAAGUGCUCCGCGCGGCGCGCGAAGAGUGGAGAUCUGUGUUGCUGGUCUAUGCGAGUGAGAAGGCCAUAGGCGCUCACACAGAGCCUGCACCGUCACAGCUUCAGGGAUUUGUGAAAAAGGAUAAUGAUGCCUUCACAGCUGAAUUCGAGCAGAACGCAGCCAGCCCAGGAGACAAGCACCAGGAUAGCCAGCAGCCUCAAAAGCAAGUGUCUGGCAAGCAGCAACCAAUAGCCCACACAGGCCAGCAGGUGAAUGUUUUCGACUAUGAAGUUCCCGGGUUCGAGCAUGAGCAAGGCCCCGGCCAAGAGAUGACGGAGAGGGCCGGGUCGAGCUUACUGGGAGCAGGUGCUGCUGCCCAUGCACCGACCUCAAGCGCUUCGGGUAUCCAGUCAGACUGGAAGACCGAUGACGACGAGGAAAUGGCAGACCACGUGGAGAACGCAAAGACGCACUGA